GUUGGGAUGGUCCAGACGGAAUGCCUUAUGUGUUCCAUGGCCAUACUCUUACAAGCAAAAUUAAAUUUUACGAAGUCAUCAAAGUAAUUAAAGAACAUGCUUUUGUUACCUCAGAAUAUCCUGUGAUUCUUUCUAUCGAAAAUCAUUGUACUCUUCCUCAACAAAGGAAAAUGGCAAGUGCCUUUAUAGAAGUAUUUGGAGAUAUGCUUUUGACUCAGCCUAUAGACAAAGAUGAAGUGAAAAUGCCAUCACCACAUCAGCUAAAGAAGAAAAUAAUAAUUAAGCAUAAGAAACUUCCUGAAGGCACUGAUGAAAAUACAGUUUUUUCAAGGAAUGAAGAAAUUAAUAUCGAUCAAGAUGUUAGUAAUGCGAUAAAGAAUGGAUUUUUAUAUCUCGAAGAUCCCGUUGACAAGGAUUGGAAACCUCAUUUUUUUAUGUUAACUCAAAAUAAAAUGUAUUAUACUGAAGAACAGCAAAAUCAAGAUGAUGAUGAAGAAAAUGAAGGAGAAAGAAAUAUUCAUCAGAGAGAGGGUGUCCCCAACGACGAACUACAUUUUGGAGAAAAGUGGUUUCACGGAAAAUUACCGGGCGGUAGGACCAAGGCCGAAGAACUUCUACAUCAGUAUUCCAAACUUGGCGAUGGCACAUUCCUAGUAAGAGAGAGCGAGACUUUUGUCGGCGAUUAUUCUUUGUCGUUUUGGCACCAGGGUCGAGUCGACCAUUGUCGGAUACGAUCGAGACAGGAACGCGGUCAGACAAAAUAUUAUCUUAUAGACACGGUGGCCUUUGACACGCUUUACAGUCUCAUUACAUACUAUCAGACUCAUCCGCUUCGUAGUCAGAGAGUAUUUUUAUAUCUCAAUGAACCUGUUCCCCAGCCUAAUAAACAUGAAGGAAAAGAAUGGUAUUGCCGCGACAUGACCAGAGCCGACGCGGAGAAAAUGCUAAAAAGAGUCAGUUACGACGGAUCGUUUUUGGUGAGGCCCAGCGAAAGGGAAGAGAACUGUUUUGCUAUAUCUUUUAGAGCCGACAAUAAAAUAAAACACUGUCGAAUCAAGCAGGAAGGCAGACUGUUUACGAUAGGCUCGGCCCAGUUUGAAAAUUUAGUAGAAUUAGUGAAUUACUAUGAGAAACACGCUUUAUAUAAAAAAAUGAAAUUAAAGUAUCCCGUCAACGAAGAAGUUGUCAGGCGAAUAGGAGAAGAUCCGCGAGAUCUUGACAUGUAUGAUCAACUUGCAGUGUAUACUGAUAUAAAUAAUGUAAAUUCCAAGAUUACAGUAAAAGCUCUCUAUGACUACAGAGCUCAACGAGAAGAUGAAUUAUCAUUUUGUAAACAUGCUAUAAUCACGAAUGUCGUGAAACAAGAUGGCGGUUGGUGGAGAGGAGAUUACGGUGGAAAGAAACAUUACUGGUUUCCCGCAAACUACGUCGAGGAACGAGAAACUCAAGAAAAUUCGGACGAAAGUUCUGGAGAAGCUAUGCCUCUUGGCAGUCUUCAAAAAGGCAGCAUCGAUAUUGUCGACUGUAGUGUCGACAUUCAACACAAUCGAGCGAGUCGAGGGAGAGACUGGAUUUUCCGAAUCGUCUCUCCCACACAGGUACAUCCAAUAGAAAUUGCAGCUCCUUCGAGAGACGAAAUGACUGACUGGGUUCAGAAAAUAAGAGAGACUGCACAGUCGGCCAAUGACAUGUUGAAAAGAGGACGUGAAGUGGAACGAACUCUUCGCAUAGCGAGAGAAUUAUCAAACUUAAUUAUUUAUUGCAAAUCCGUUCAGUUUUGUCCCGAAAAAAUAGGAAAUUUUACAGAAAUGUCUUCCUUUCCUGAAACUAAAGUAGAAAAAUGGAUCAGUCCAAACAAUUGCCAAUUUUUCAUUAAGUAUCACGAGAAUCAAUUUAGCCGUGUCUACCCGAAGGGAGCUCGCAUAGAUUCUUCCAAUUACGAUCCCGUUCGAAUGUGGAAUUGUGGCUGUCAGAUGGUGGCCUUAAAUUAUCAAACUCCAGAUAGACCCAUGCAACUAAAUCAAGGUAAAUUCCUUCAAAAUGGCAGAUGUGGCUUUGUGCUGAGGCCUAAUUUUAUGUUUGACGAAAAGUACAAUCCCCACGACCGAACCAGUCUGUGUAACAUAGAUCCCAUCAGUCUGUCCAUCAAAAUAAUCGCAGCCAGGCAUCUAAUGAAAUCGGGAAGGGGAAUCAUCAGUCCUUUUGUCGAAGUCGAAGUGGUGGGAUCCGACCCCGAACCAAAUAAGUACAAAACUGGAAUCAUCAGGGACAAUGGUCUGAAUCCCUGCUGGAAGAACGAGACGUUCGACGUGUACGUGGCCAAUCCCCAGGUCUCUCUUCUCAGGUUCGUCGUCCAGGACGAAGACAUGUUCGGAGACCCCAACUUCCUGGGACAGGCCACCUAUCCCGUCACCUGCCUCAGGACAGGUUACCGCAGCGUGGCGCUGAAGAACGAAUACGGCGAAGAACUGGAGCUAGCGUCCCUGCUGAUUCACCUGAGCCUGCACAACGCCAAGGACGAAGAGGACGCCUACGCCUCCAUCCAGCAGCUGCGGGACCGGUCCAAGGAGCUGAACGGCCGGAUCGAAGAGUUGGAGAAGACGGGAGACGAUGCGGCCGUGCAGAGGGCCAGGGCCGAGCUGACGGCCACCGAAGAGCUGCUUCUGUCCAAGAACGAAGAGAGGAGGUGA